UCGGUUUGAGGGAUCAAGCAAGCACGAACCUAAGCUCCAUUCAUUCUCUUGUGCGUCCAAAAUACAUGGUGAGAAUGGAAGCAAAAGCUUCAUCAUCAUUGGGCGUGAUCCUUCUUCUCGUAGUCAUAGCUGAAGCAGCUGUGUCCAAAGGAUCCUUUGAAGAUAAUUUCAGCAUAAUGUGGUCUGAAGACCAUUUUAGUACCUCCAAGGAUGGGCAGAUCUGGUAUCUCUCACUUGACAAAGACACAGGAUGUGGAUUUCAAACAAAGCAGCGAUACAGAUUCGGGUGGUUCAGUAUGAAGCUGAAAUUGGUGGCAGGUGACUCUGCUGGAGUUGUCACAGCUUACUAUAUGUGCUCGGAGAACGGGGCAGGGCCAGAAAGAGAUGAGCUGGACUUUGAGUUCUUGGGGAACAGAACAGGGCAGCCGUUCUUGAUUCAGACAAAUGUAUACAAGAAUGGAACUGGAGGCCGUGAGAUGAGGCACAUGCUUUGGUUCGAUCCAACUGAGGACUACCACACCUAUUCGAUUCUCUGGAACAACCACCAAAUUGUGUUUUUCGUGGAUAGAGUGCCCAUAAGGGUGUUCAAGAACAAUGGGAAGGAAAACAAUUUCUUCCCGAAUGAGAAGCCCAUGUACUUGUUCUCGAGCAUAUGGAACGCAGAUGACUGGGCCACAAGAGGAGGACUGGAGAAGACGAACUGGAAACUAGCACCCUUUGUGUCAUCAUACAAGGACUUCAGCGUCGACGGCUGCCAAUGGAAAGAUCCAUAUCCUGCAUGUGUAUCAACCACCACCGACAAUUGGUGGGAUCAAUACUCUGCCUGGCACCUCUCCGAUGAUCAGAAGAAGGAUUAUGCUUGGGUUCGGAGGAACCUCGUCAUCUAUGACUACUGCAACGAUUCUGAACGCUAUCCAACCCUUCCAGAAGAGUGUUCUUUGAGCCCCUGGGAUUAAUUCCUUUUACACUUCCUUUCUUUGCGCGUAAUGUAUGUGCACCCACUUCGUAUGCCAUCGGCAUUUAAGAGAUUAUAUUCAUUCAUUCAGUUCGUUAUCAUAGCUGAAUAAGAAAAAUGCUAAAUCUCUUUUCAUCAGCUGGCUCCAUAGUUAGAAAUAAAGAUUAGUCGCUAAAUAAACAAUUUCAACCCAUUUAAUUUGCUCAA